GAGCCCAGCGGUUCUCCAAGACCAAGGAAUUUAGGAUUACGUCCGCGUCUCCUCAUUCACAGUCCGGUCAACCUAGCGAUUGCGAGCUGAAAGAUGGCAUCCAGCCUCACUUGUACGGGGGUGAUCUGGGCACUGCUGUCCUUCCUCUGCGCCGCCGCCUCCUGCGUGGGCUUCUUUAUGCCCUACUGGCUUUUGGGGUCCCAGCUGGGGAAGCCGGUGUCCUUCGGCACUUUCCGCAGAUGCUCCUAUCCCGUCCACGACGAGAGUCGCCAGACCAUGGUGAUGGUGGAGGAGUGCGGCCGCUACGCUUCCUUCCAGGGCAUCCCCAGCGCGGAGUGGCGGAUCUGCACGGUGGUCACGGGCCUGGGCUGCGGCCUCCUCCUCCUGGUGGCCUUGACGGCGCUCAUGGGGUGCUGCGUGUCCGAACUCAUCUCCAGGACCGUCGGCAGGGUGGCCGGAGGGAUUCAGUUUCUGGGAGGCUUGCUGAUUGGCUCUGGUUGUGCUCUCUACCCUCUGGGCUGGGACAGCGAAGAAGUCCGACAGACCUGUGGCUACAUCUCUGACCAGUUCGAUCUAGGGAAGUGUGAAAUCGGCUGGGCUUACUACUGCACUGGUGGGGGAGCGGCCACCGCCAUGCUCUUGUGCACCUGGCUGGCCUGCUUCUCGGGCAAGAAACAGAAGCAGUAUCCGUACUGAGCUGGCCGCCGGAGGACGUUGGGAGGACCGGGUUGGAGCGAGCGAGAUGGGCGAGACUGAGGCAUCCGCAGAACUCCUUCCGGAAGGCGCUUUGGCGACGCUUCCCUUACGUGACACACACCGGAAACCGGAGCGAAGGAGUCCAGCACGUCAGGGGAACCAUCAAAAGAGGGGGAUUUGGGGGGAAGGGUGGGGAGAGGGGGUGAAAUGAUGGACCAAAGGCCAAGGGCAAGUCAGGGGUUGGAGAUGGGGAUGCCCUCUCAACAGCCCUGGCUGGCCUGCUCUGGGAGGAUGCCACCCCGCCAGAAGGAAAGUGCUCAUCUUAAACCAGCAGAGAUCGUGAAGGAAGCACUUGAGGUUGAGAAAGGGGCAUAAUCCCCAGUGGUUCCCCGUCAGCGUGGCACUCUUGAAAGCACAUUCAUAUGCUCCCCCUGUACGGAUGCACACGUUACGUACACACAAUGUGCACACGCACGGAACGUGGCACAGAUUUAGCAAUGCAUUUCUUUGCUUUCAUUUAUUUUGUGGUUUAAAAUUCAGUGUUAUCGCUUUCUAAAGUACCCAUACCUAAAUGGACCAAUAAGCCACUCUAUCAGUAUUUUGUAUGUUCUGCAUAAAGUUUCCUCUCCCUCUCUUUGUAUCCACUGCCUAUUCAGUUGUUUAGAAUCAAGCCUCUGUAUUUUCAGCAUUAUCAUAAAAAUGCAAUAUUUUAUCCCAAAUAAGUAACCUCUGUCUUUGGUACUCUUAUGAAGUACAGUCCAGGACAGUUUGCUUUCCCUGAAGUAAAGCCCAGUUGGUGGGUUAUGAGGACUGAGAAACACUUAACGGUCCCAGAUUUUUUUUUUUCUAUAGCUCAUUAUCGUACUGUGCUGUAUCACUUUUAUUAUUUCAAUAUUCAUUUUUUGUAAAGAAAAAAUACAUAUGUGCUUUUUUGUGUUUGUAUUUGAAAGGCUCUGUGAAUAAAUCUCUCUUUGAUCAGGA